AUGAAAAUGGGUCCCUUACAUCUCAGAAAAGAAUCCACCCAGGAGAGAAGCCAUAUAAAUGCAUGGAGUGGGUUUACUCAAAAUAGUCACCUCACUUUCCAUAAAAGGAUCCACACAGAGGAGAAACCAUAUAAAUGCAUGAAGUGUGGAAAGAUCUUUAUUCGGAGCAGCCAACUUACUUCCCAUAAAAGAAUCCACACGGGGGAGAAGCCAUAUAAAUGUGUGCAGUGUGGAAAGAGCUUCAGUCAUAGUGGUUCCCUUACUUUCCAUAAAAGGAUCCACACAGGGGAGAAGCCAUAUAAAUGCAGAGAGUGUGGAAAGAGCUUCAGAACAAGCAGUUCCCUUACUUCCCAUAAGAAGAUCCACACAGGGGAGAAACUAUAUAAAUGUGUGGAGUGUCAAAAGAGCUUUACUAAUAGCAGUGAACUUAUUUCGCAUAAGAGGAUACACACAGGGGAGAAGCCAUAUAAAUGCAGAGAGUGUGGAAAGGGCUUCAGCCACCACAAUAAUCUUGUUUCCCAUAAAAGGAUCCACACAGGGGAGAAACCAUAUAAAUGUAUGGAGUGUGGAAAGGGCUUCAGUCAACACAGAAACCUUACUUCCCAUAAAAGGAUCCACACUGGGGAAAAACCAUAUAAAUGCAUGGAGUGUGGAAAGGGCUUCAGCCAACACAAUAAUCUUACUUCUCAUAAAAGGAUCCAUACUGGGGAGAAACCAUAUAAAUGUAUGGAGUGUGGAAAGGGCUUCAGCCAACACAAUAAUCUUACUUCUCAUAAAAGAAUCCAUACUGGGGAGAAACCGUAUAAAUGCAUGGAGUGUGGAAAGAGCUUUAGAAUGAGUAGCUCUCUUAUUUCCCAUAAAAGGAUCCACACAAGGGAGAAGCCAUAUCAGUGCAGGGAGUGUGGGAAGAGCUUUAGUGACCAACACAAUAAUCUUACUUCUCAUAAAAGGAUCCAUACUGGGGAGAAACCAUAUAAAUGUAUGGAGUGUGGAAAGGGCUUCAGCCAACACAAUAAUCUUACUUCUCAUAAAAGAAUCCAUACUGGGGAGAAACCAUAUAAAUGUAUGGAGUGUGGAAAGGGCUUCAGCCAACACAAUAAUCUCACUUUCCAUAAAAGGAUCCACACAGGGGAGAAACCAUAUAAAUGCAUGGAGUGUGGAAAAGAGUUUACUCAAAAUAGUCACCUCACUUUCCAUACAAGGAUCCACACAGGGGAGAAACCAUAUAAAUGCAUGAAGUGUGGAAAGAUCUUUAUUCGAAGCAGCCAACUUACUGCCCAUAAAAGGAUUCACACAGGGGAGAAGCCAUAUAAAUGCAGAGAGUGUGGAAAGAGCUUCAGAACAAGCAGUUCCCUUACUUCCCAUAAAAGGAUCCACACUAGGGAGAAACCAUAUAAAUGUGUGGAGUGUGGAAAGAGCUUUACUGAUAGCAGUGAACUUAUUUCUCAUAAAAGGAUCCACAGCGGGGAG